CAGCAGAAAUACGAUAACCUGAACUUCUUGCCUGCUCACAGCAGGGAAUCCCAACCCGGAAGCCGUCCCAGCCCUUGGCAUCUUGAUUCCCAGGGUGCUCACGUGGAAGAAAGGAGACGGGUGACAGCAAAGAGAAAGAGAGCGAAGACACCUCUCGAAGAUUUCCACCUGCGCUACCUUUGGGUCACGGAUCUCUCUGCACAAGCUUGGUGCGAGCAACAAAUGGUUUAUCACAGAGAACGGCCGGAUCUGCAAUUGCCAGAGAGGGAAGUGCUGUUAAAUACAGGAAAGUCCAUACAUCUUGUCAGAGAACUGCAAGAUCAUGACUUGGUGGAUGUCAGGACCACGAGCCAAGAAGACAGAUGGGCCAUCAAGCUGCUUAACCUUCUCCAGGCCAUCGCUGAUCUACGAGAAGGUCGGCGUGUGCGCGAAUGCCCCGUCUUUGGAGUGUUAGAAGGCGUUUUCGUGUUGGGAAUUGUUGACCAGCUGAAUUAUACGGCUAACGGGGAGCUGCAACUGAACGAGUUGAAGACACGGAAAAAACCCUGCCUGCCUUUCCCUGCGCAGAAGAAGAGGGACCGUUUCCAGAUCUUUUUAUAUAAAUAUCUGUUUGAUGCUAUGGUGCAAGGAUGUUUAACCCAGGAUAAUUUUGUCCAUCAUCUUCAUCUGGAGCCCAAACAACCACUUGGCCUGCAGAUCCAAGAACACGCUCAAAAAGUUGGGUUCAUGGUGCACUGCUUCCAAGACCUCCUGGAGCUGAUGGUCCUCAACUUGACCCACUCAGACAUUCCGGCCAUUGGCCACCUGCAAAUUGAGUAUGUGCAUCAGCAGACCAACGCUUUGAUUGGCACCGAAGUCAUCACCUAUGACCACGAUGAAUUGAUGGCCAUGACCCAUGAUUUCUUAGAGUAUUGGAAAGGGCAAAGAGAUCCCAAGGGGGUGGACAUUGAGGACACAUGGAAAUGCUGCUAUUGUGCCUUCAAGGACAUCUGUAAUUGGCGCCAGCAGAGAGCAGGGAGCCUGACUAAAAAGUGCAGUGAAAAGAAAACAUAAGCGAAAGUCAAGCCAAUCCUAGCCAAAUCCUUGGACUACACUUCCUGUUAUUCUCCAACAGUAUGACUUCUCGCUAAGGAUGAUAGAAGCUGUAGUCCAUCAUCCUUCAAAGAAUGAUUUCCUUAAGCCCUGGAAUUUAUUGGAUCAGCCCAUCUCCUUUGGCCCAGGAGCCAAACCAUUCUAGCUUCCCUGUUUUCCUCUGUCUUUCGGUCACAAAGCUGUAGCUUCAAUAUCCUGAAUGUGAGCUUUGUAUCAGGGUAGGGGGACCGGGUUGGUGGGGGGCAUGUAUGCAAGCACAAAUGGGUGCAUAUAAAAAAAUAUUGUCAGGUCAUCCUGUUUUAUUGUGAUAAAUUUGCGUAGUAUUUUUUUUACCUCUGGACAGCCAUAAGCUGGACUAGUCCAACAUGUCUUGACAGACCCGGCAUAGUCUGGGCCUCAUCCAUAGGCAGCCAAGAGAUGUGCCUUCUCUGUCAUGGCACCUGCCCUCUGGAACAACAUCCCCUCUCCCUCCCUCACCUGGUCUGUGAGACUGAGAUUUUGUUACACUUUAAAGCAGUGUUUCUCAACCUUGGGAACUUGAAGAUGUGUGGACUUCAACUCCCAGAAUUCCCCAGCCAGCAAUUACCUCUUUUAGAAAGAUGCGUCCAGUUCAACCUUCACUUGUAGUCCAUUAAUGACGCAAUCUACUGUUUCAUCACAAUAGCCACCAUCAAUAACAGGCUUCCCCCCCCCUCUUUUUUUAAGAAGCAUCUCCUCUUUGGUAUAAACUGUACUUUGAAAAUCAGAUUGUUGCUGGAACCUUUUAGUUGUGAAGGCUUUCAGCAGUGAUGGGAGGAACACCAGAGGGCAGUCUUGCUGUAAGAACUGGCAUUGUCGGUUGUUCUCUAAGCUUGCAUAAAGCUCAGUUUUCUGUGCAAAUGGUGCUAAAUUGGCUGUCGAAAAAUGCAUCAUUAUGGGAAGACCUAGAAGGCUCUUGUGCUGGGAGAGGUAGAAGGAAAGACAAGGAGAGGAUGAUCAGCAGCAAGCGGGAUGGACUCAGUUACAGUGGUAGCGGAUGCACCAUUAGAAGACCUGAAA